AUGGAGGAAUACGUCGAGGAAGCCCUGAGCUCAGGUUUCAUCCGUCCUUCCACAUCACCAGCCGCCGCAGGGUUUUUCUUCGUCGAAAAGAAGGAUGGAGGAUUAAGACCCUGCAUUGAUUACAGAGGACUCAACAACAUAACAGUUAAAUUUCGCUAUCCACUACCAUUAGUUCCAUCCGCCCUCGAACAACUCCGUGAAGCCACCAUCUACACCAAGCUUGACCUAAGAAGUGCGUACAAUCUGAUUAGGAUCAAAGAGGGAGACGAAUGGAAAACUGCCUUCCUCACCACUAUGGGGCACUAUGAAUAUCAGGUCAUGCCUUAUGGACUUGCUAACGCACCCGCUGUCUUCCAAUCCUUCAUUAAUGAAAUCUUCAGAGACCUGCUCAACCAGUACGUAGUAGCCUACAUUGAUGAUAUCUUGAUUUACUCUAGAUCUGAAGAGGAACACACGUCAGACGUCAGAACUGUUCUCACUAGAUUAUUGGAGAACCAACUCUAUGUCAAGGCUGAAAAAUCCAUGUAA